GGGGAUAGGAGAUGUGGGUCAGUAUGUGUGUGCCCCAGCCCGGGACCCGGCGAGUUCUGAGCGUGACAUGGGCCAGAAGGGCCAGGGUCCGCAGGGGUCGGGCACUGGGGCCUUCAGCAAACGAGGCUUCUCGCUUACCGCUGUCUAUAAAUAGCCCCUAAGCCGCUGUCGCCGCUGCCCCCGCGGCUGGAUCGGGGCCAGCUGGGGCCUCCCACCCCCUGGUACUGUUGAGAGGAGUGAGUAUCGGCUCUUCCCAGCAUGGAGGCUUCGGGUGUGUCUGAGAGGAUCUCUGACCUGGUGAUCUCCAACCACAGACGAAAAGGAGGGCAUGACCUAUGCCUGCUGCGCUUGACACCAACCCCCCCCCGCAGCCCCUCCCCCCUACAAUCUCUGGGGUCCUUGCAAAACCCCUUGCUGAAGCUGGGCAGGGCAGGAGUGCGUUCUGCCACCCCCUCCCCUGCCUUCCCACCUCCCAACCCUUGCCCACAGGUCUAAUCCCAUUUCUGCCACUGAAGCACCCCACUCCAGGGACUAUGCCCUCUGCUGCCUUCUCAGCCCAAGUCAGGUGGGGAGAGGGCAUGGGGCUGCCCCAGGAGUCGCAGUGUGCCCCUGACAUGUCCUGCUCCCACUCCCAGGAUAUCGACAAACAGUACGUGGGCUUCGCCACACUGCCCAACCAGGUGCACCGAAAGUCAGUGAAGAAGGGCUUUGACUUCACACUCAUGGUGGCUGGUGAGUCAGGUCUGGGGAAGUCCACACUGGUCCACAGCCUCUUCCUGACGGACUUGUACAAGGACCGGAAGCUGCUCAGUGCCGAGGAGCGCAUCAGCCAGACAGUGGAGAUCCUAAAGCACACGGUAGACAUCGAGGAGAAGGGGGUCAAGCUGAAGCUCACCAUCGUGGACACACCGGGCUUCGGGGACGCAGUCAACAACUCUGAGUGCUGGAAGCCCAUCACCGACUACGUGGACCAGCAGUUUGAGCAGUAUUUCCGUGACGAGAGCGGCCUGAACCGCAAGAACAUCCAGGACAACCGGGUGCACUGCUGCCUGUACUUCAUCUCUCCUUUUGGGCAUGGGCUUCGGCCAGUGGAUGUGGGUUUCAUGAAGGCUCUGCAUGAGAAGGUGAACAUCGUGCCCCUCAUUGCCAAAGCAGACUGUCUCAUCCCCAGCGAAAUCCGGAAGCUGAAGGAACGGAUCCGGGAGGAGAUUGACAAGUUUGGGAUCCGUGUGUACCAGUUUCCUGAAUGUGACUCUGAUGAGGACGAGGACUUCAAGCAGCAGGAUCGGGAAUUGAAGGAAAGUGCGCCCUUCGCGGUUAUCGGCAGCAACACGGUGGUGGAAGCCAAGGGUCAGCGAGUCCGUGGGCGACUGUAUCCCUGGGGGAUCGUGGAGGUGGAGAACCAGGCACAUUGUGACUUCGUGAAGCUGCGCAACAUGCUCAUCCGCACGCACAUGCACGACCUCAAGGACGUGACUUGCGACGUGCACUACGAAAACUACCGUGCGCACUGCAUCCAGCAGAUGACCAGCAAAUUGACCCAGGACAGCCGCAUGGAGAGCCCUAUCCCCAUCCUGCCGCUGCCCACCCCCGACGCCGAGACGGAGAAGCUUAUCCGAAUGAAAGACGAGGAGCUGAGGCGCAUGCAGGAAAUGCUGCAGAAGAUGAAGCAACAAAUGCAGGACCAGUGACCACACCCCACCCCUCGUCGCUGGGGAUAGACAGCCCAUCCCUGGGCCAGCCCCUCCCAGUCCGAGACCCGGAGACCCCAGGCUGGCCUGGACUUGACCUUGGAUUUGCUGGAUCAGACUAGCCUGGACCCAACCCCAAUCUCAGAGUAGCCGGAUCCCGGACUGCUCCUACUGACGACCAGGGACUCGACCGAAGCCCCUAGCCAAUCCUAAUU